UUAGUGUACCGUCCCCUAGUGAAAGCGGGUUGCCAACAACUUCACUACAGACGCGAACCGAGCAGCCAAUGGGCCAACCUCCCAACUCAUAGCAGCACAGGCAUCCCCGAUUCAACCGCAGUCUGUUUCCCAUACAAAAAUCUCCACUGCUUCCAGGCGCGUGUACGAGUGUUCGCAGGGGAGAUCUCUAUCAUUUUCGUGCCGUGUGACCGACUAGACUUACCGAUGACUGCGAUGCCAGCGCCGAGCCGAGGGUCCGACACCUUCUGGAUCGAGGGGUCCCGCACGGAGGCGGCGUUCGAAGAUUUCUACGAGCUCGGGCCGCAGAUAGGACAUGGAGCCACAUCUGUUGUGUACCGUUGUGAACAGCUGGGCACCAAACUUCCAUACGCAGUGAAAAGAAUCAAGAAAACUACUGACAAGAAGAUCAUCAGAGCUGAAGUUGGAAUCCUGCUGAGACUAAAGCACCCAAACAUUAUUCAGCUGAGAGAGAUAUUUGAGACAGCAUCUGAACUGUACCUGGUGCUGGAGCUGGUUACUGGAGGGGAGCUGUUUGAAAGAAUCAUCCAGAAAGGGUACUAUUCGGAGAAGGAUGCAGCUGAAGCAGUGAGGCAGAUCUGUGAGGCGGUUGCUUAUCUGCAUGAGAAUGACAUAGUCCAUCGAGACUUGAAGCCUGAGAAUCUCCUGUACAGUGUUGAGGCAGACGAUGCUCUGCUUAAGUUAGCUGACUUUGGCCUGUCUAAGAUCAUCAGCAAUGAGGUGACGAUGCAGACAGUGUGUGGAACACCUGGAUACUGUGCCCCAGAGGUGCUGAGAGGCCAGCCAUAUGGACCAAUGGUGGACAUGUGGAGCAUAGGAGUCGUCACGUACAUCCUGUUGGUUGGGUUUGAGCCCUUCUACGAUGAGCGUGGUGACCAGUACAUGUUCAGGAAGAUCCUGAAGGCUGACUAUGAGUUCAUGGCACCCUGGUGGGAUGACGUCUCUCUCAACGCUAAGGACCUGGUUCAGAGGUUGCUGGUCAUUGACCCCAAGAAGCGGCUUUCUGCUGCACAAGUCCUGAAUCACCCGUGGGUCAAGGGCAAGGCCAAGUCUGACCACCUGCAGGACACGGUCACCAAGAUCAAGGAGUUCAAUGCCAAGCGGAAGCUCAAGGCUGCGAUGCACGCGGUGGUGGCCUCCAGUCGUCUGGGCAGUGCCAGCAGUGGCAGCAGUGCGGGAAGCGAGCGGACCUCGCCCAAACCCUCCUCCAGACCAGCCGCAGAGGAAGGCAAGGAAGAGUAGACCGGAAACACUCUCAUACAGAAACACUCUCUCUACGCAAGGCUCCACAAAAUGGUUGUAGGAGAUUUUAUACCUGCAAUACAG